GCGCAAGCGGUCUCACUCAAGUGGUGCUGAAGAAGUCUCUGCCACUGCGGCAUUUAUUCGCCAAAAAUUUACCCUGCCGCCGUCUGCAUUUUAAAUAAAGUGCAGUGAAUCAGUUUGAUUCAUUUUGAAUUUGCAUUGCCUUAGGUCCCUGAAAUAUUCGUAUAUCGGUAUUGAUAUCUAUCUGUGAUUCAAGUCGGAUAUCAUGUCGGAAGGACGCAUGCAGAGCCGCGGUGGUCGCGGUGGUUUCCGUGGAAAUUUUCGUGGCGGACGCGGCGGUGGUGGCGGCGGCUUCCGGGGUCGCGGUGGAGGGGGUGAUCGAGGAGGCUUCCGUGGGGGAUUCCGCGGUGGCCGGGGAGGCUUUGGGGGUGGUGAUCGUGGCCGAUCCGGGGAUCGCGGUGGCCGUGGUUUCGGUGGGGGAUUCAGAGGAGGUCGCGGAGGCUUCAACAAGAGUCCGCGCGAUCAGUCCGGUGAUUCCGGCGAGAAGAAGCGCGUGCGCUUUGAUUUGAACAAUAACGAGAGCGGCAGUGAGGAUGAGGAAAUGGAAACCAUGCCCGUUGAGAAGAAAACCCCUGUUCAGAAGGAGAAAGGUUCUCCGCAGCGCAACGCUGAUUCCGGACAGAAAGCAGCCAAAGAGGCGAAAGCUCCGGUAGUUAAAGCUGUUGAAAACGGUGAAAAAGCUGCGACAGCCGACGGAGAAGGCAAAAAGAAAAAGAAGAACAAGAAUAAAAACAAGAACAAGAAUGCCGAAAAUUCGGGUGAUACUAAACAGGCAGCAAAGCCUGUCGAAACCGCGAAGCCUGCUCAACAAGCGAAGAGUCCAGAAAAGAAAACCCCAUCGCCUCAGAAAGAAAAAGAGCCCGUGAAGCAGCAGAAACCUGCCGCAAAACCGACACCUUCCGAGACAUCGGCCGAGCCGAAACCAGGCUCAAAACGGCCCGCAUCCGAUGUGGAUGACACUAAGGAUCGCUUGACUUUCAAAGCCAAUCGACAGUUGUUCUUGAAGAAUCUGCCCCAUGGAGUAACGGUCGAUGAUAUUAAAGCUCUUGUGCCAGAUUCAUUGUCCGCCCGUGUUGUUGAUAGGAAGGAAGGCUUAUGUUAUGCGUUUGUUGAAUUUCCCUCGGAAGGUCAGGCCGAGAAGUACCACGAUAUCCUGAAAAAGAAGAACACACUGAAAGGACAAACGUUUAUCGUGGAUUACUGCGGAAUGAAGAGUGAAUACCAAAAACGAGAACCCGGAAUCCGUGAAAAACCUCAAGAAGAUCCCUUGAAGUUAUACGUCGGCGGUCUGAAGGCUGACACCUCCAUGGACGAUAUUCGCAAGGCGUUCCCCAAAGCCAUCGACAUUGCUAAGCCAACCCGUAAUAAGCGAAAGAAGCAGACUGCGUCUUAUGCGUUUGUGAACUUCGCUAAUGCCCAGGAUGCCGAUGCUGCCUUCAAGUCUAGCAAAACUUUGAUGAUUGAUGGUAACCGCGUUACGGUAUUGCACGCGUGGAAAUCAGUCGCCAAGAAGGCCGAAAAGGCCGGCGAGAAGAAGGACAAAUCCGCAGCAUCGGAGCAACCGGCCGCUAAGAAGCAGAAGACGGAAACCGGUGCUAAAGCGAAGCCCGCUCCAGCCAAAGAGGAUUCCGAUGAGGAGGACGAUGAUGAAGAGGAUGAUGAAGACGAAAGCGGUGAAGACGAUGAAAUCAGUGCAAAAUUAAGAAAAGCUCUCCAAGGCGGAGAAGAUGAUGAGUCUGAAGAUGACGAUGAAGACGAUGACGAGGAUGAAGAUGAAGUUCCCACAAAGAAAGCGAAAACCGCGGCCGUACCUGCCAGUGCGGCUGCUGCCAAACAAUCUCAGAAUAAGCAGACUGUCCCGGCGAAAGGUGGUGAUGCCAAAGCCGAUAAGGGCAAACCUGUACAGCCCGUGAAGCCUCUCGUCAAGGGUGACAAACUGAAGAAUUCCAAACCUCAGAAGCUAACGACCAACAUCGCCGAUGAUGACGACGAUGAGGAGGAGGACGAAGAUGAUGAUAUGGGCAUGUUCAUCGGCGAGGAUGACGACGACGAUGAUGAUGAUGAGGAAGGGGACGAUGACGAUGAGGACGAGGAGGAAGGGGACGACGACGAAGAGGACGAGGAUGAUGAGUGAACAUCAGCUCUUGUUAUCGUUUUAUUGUUGCUACGUUUUGUGGUGUCUGCUUUUUUUGUUGUUUUACCCCCUGGAUUUGAUUCGGUUAAUUCCAGAGCAAGUAACAAAUGCGGAAACUUUAUGGCACUUGGUUGUAGUUAUCAAGUAAAUUUUAGAAGUUGAGUUUUGUCGAUGCGUUCCUUAAUAAAUCGUAUUGUUAGCAG